CUUCGUUCACAUUGGGAAAUUAAAGUGAAGUGAAGUAAUCAUCCCUACUGAACUCAGCUGAAGUUUAGACGUGGACGUGCCGUCACUCUCAUUCCAAAUUCGUCACUACCGCCGGUGUGCGCUUAGUUUUCUCGUUUGAGGAUUUCAAUCUAAGUAGAUCUUGCUAAGUUCGAUAAAAACGUUUAAGAAAUGCCUAAGGACAAGACUCAUAUUAACAUCGUGGUCAUUGGCCACGUAGAUUCUGGAAAAUCUACAACAACUGGACAUUUGAUUUACAAAUGUGGUGGUAUUGACAAAAGAACUAUUGAAAAGUUUGAAAAAGAAGCUCAGGAGAUGGGUAAAGGUUCUUUUAAAUAUGCUUGGGUUUUAGACAAACUCAAAGCUGAAAGAGAACGUGGUAUUACAAUUGAUAUUACUUUGUGGAAAUUUGAAACAUCUAAAUAUUAUGUAACUGUCAUUGAUGCUCCUGGACACAGAGAUUUUAUCAAGAACAUGAUUACUGGUACUUCUCAGGCAGAUUGUGCAGUUUUAAUUGUAGCUGCUGGUACUGGUGAGUUUGAAGCUGGUAUUUCCAAGAAUGGACAGACUAGGGAACAUGCUCUACUUGCUUAUACUUUGGGUGUUAAACAAAUGAUUGUUGGAGUGAAUAAGAUGGAUACAACUGAGCCACCUUUCAGUGAAUCUCGUUUUGAAGAAAUAAAGAAAGAAGUUACAACUUAUAUUAAGAAAAUUGGAUAUAAUCCCGCAACUGUGCCUUUUGUUCCUAUAUCUGGUUGGAAUGGUGAUAAUAUGUUAGAGGCUAGUACUAACAUGCCAUGGUAUAAGGGGUGGAACAUAGAGAGGAAGAGUGGAAAGGGUGAAGGAAAGACACUCUUGCAAGCUUUGGAUAUUAUGGAGCCACCAUCUCGACCCACGGAUAAGGCUUUACGUCUGCCUCUUCAAGAUGUUUACAAAAUAGGAGGUAUUGGAACAGUGCCUGUAGGAAGAGUUGAAACUGGUGUGCUUAAACCUGGUAUGAUAAUAACAUUCGCACCAUGCAAUCUUACCACUGAAGUUAAGUCUGUAGAGAUGCAUCAUGAAGCUCUUCAAGAAGCAGUGCCUGGUGAUAAUGUUGGUUUUAACGUUAAGAACGUAUCGGUGAAAGAAUUGAGACGUGGUUACGUCUGCGGUGACAGUAAGGCUAAUCCACCAAAAGCAGCUGAAGAAUUUGUUGCUCAAGUUAUUGUUUUGAAUCAUCCUGGCCAAAUUACUAAUGGUUAUACUCCUGUUCUUGAUUGUCACACUGCCCACAUAGCUUGCAAGUUUAGCAAAAUUCAAGAAAAAUGUGAUAGACGAAGUGGGAAAAAAUUGGAAGAUGAGCCAAAAUUCAUCAAAUCUGGUGAUGCUGCCAUUGUUACACUAGUUCCAAGCAAGCCCUUGUGUGUCGAGACAUUUACAGACUUCCCUCCUCUUGGAAGGUUUGCUGUUCGUGAUAUGAGGCAAACUGUUGCUGUAGGAGUUAUUAAAUCUGUUAAACCAAAAGAUUUAAGUGGAAAGGUAACUAAAGCAGCAGAAAAGGCCUCAAAGAAAAAGUAAUUUAUGCUGUGCUGAUGAAUGUAAAUUAUGUAUAUGAUGACUAAUAUCAAGAUUGAUAUAGUUUUUUUCUAAUUUGCAAUAAAGAUCUUUUGCACAA